AUGUCUUACAAAACUCUUUCUGCUCUCCGGCGAAUCGCCAGCUCUCGAUCACCAUGUCUGCCAGUCACCGCACAAUUACAGACCGUUUCGGCGCCAACAUUAUCAUGUCCUGCCCAACAACUAUACCAACGACGAUACGUCUCCAACGAUCGCAGGAUGGCAACGAAACGACUCACCAUCGACAACAUCCGUCGCGAGGUCCUCGAUGCGCAGUACGCCGUUCGCGGAGAACUAGCCACCAAGGCUGAGGAAUACAGAGAACGUCUUGAACAGGGUGACAAGUCCUUGCCGUUUGACAAAGUCAUAUUCGCCAACAUUGGUAACCCGCAACAACUCGACCAGAAACCCAUCACAUUCUUCAGACAGGUUCUGAGUUUGCUGGAGUUUCCCGCCUUGUUGGAGAAGGAAGAUGUGCUCAAGUCAGCGUUUGGGUAUAAGCAGGACGCCAUUGAUCGCGCAAGGACCUUGUUGAACGCUGUGCACACCGUUGGCGCAUACAGCCACAGUCAGGGAACUCCUUAUAUUCGAGACAGUGUGGCCCGGUUCAUUCAAGAGCGAGAUGGAUUCCCUACAGACCCCAAGAAUUUGUUCUUGACGGGAGGUGCUUCAUCCGGUGUGACCACAUUGUUGAAUGUCAUUUGUGCAAACAAAUCGAGUGGUGUCCUCGUGCCUAUCCCACAAUACCCGCUAUACACCGCUACACUGUCGCUCCUUAAUGCUCAUUGCGUACCUUACUAUCUUGAGGAAAGCAGGGCUUGGGGUACAGAUGUCAAGGCCAUCCAUAACUCAGUCACCGCCGCCAAACGCGACGGUAUCGAUGUUCGCGCCAUUGUUGUCAUCAACCCAGGUAACCCUACAGGCGCAAGUUUGAGCCCGGACGACAUCAAAGACGUGAUCGACCUUGCCGUGGAAGAAAAUUUGGUCAUCAUAGCCGACGAAGUCUACCAAACCAACGUGUUCAUUGGCGAAUUCACAUCCUUCAAGAAGCGACUGGGACAAUUACAACAGGAGUUCCCCGGUAAAUACGAUCAUGUCGAGCUGGCCUCGUUGCACAGUGUGUCUAAGGGAAUGGUCGGCGAGUGCGGUCACCGUGGUGGAUAUUUUGAGCUCGUCAAUUUUGACGCGGAAGUUCAGGCGCAGAUCUACAAAUGUGUUAGCAUUAUGCUCUGCCCUUCGGUUGUUGGGCAAUGUUUGGUCGAAUUGAUGGUCAACCCGCCCAAGGAAGGAGAGCCCAGUUAUGAAUUGUAUUCACAGGAGUACAAUAGUAUCAAGAAUGGCUUGGAGUCACGAGCCAAUGCCUUGUAUGAGGCAUUCAAGACGAUGGCUGGCGUUGAAUGUCAGGAACCACAGGGAGCAAUGUACCUCUUCCCCACCAUCACCCUUCCACCAAAAGCCAUCUUGGCUGCCGACAGCGUAGACCAAAAACCAGACGAGUUCUACUCUCUCGCCCUCCUCGACGCAACUGGUAUCUGCGUCGUUCCGGGAUCCGGAUUCGGUCAAAAGGAGGGCACUCUCCAUUUCAGGACUACAUUCCUUGCCCCUGGUACUGAUUGGGUGGACCGGAUUACAAAGUUCCAUGCAGAGUUUAUGGAGAAGUAUAGCUGA